AUGCCCCAGCGGGGUGACGAUGGCAAAUAUCCUGUCCAGGAGCCCAAGAGGUCCACGACACCCCAGAUCUCUGGGUGGCUGCCACCACCGCCCUGCCGAGGCCGCCUGGCUGCCGGCGGCGCCGCACCACCGCCAUUUGCCCCGCAUCCGCUGAAACCACCGCGGUGUCAGCGAAACUCGGCGGUCCACGACACCCCAGAUCUCUGGGUGGCUGCCACCACCGCCCUGCCGAGGCCGCCUGGCUGCCGGCGGCGCCGCACCACCGCCAUUUGCCCCGCAUCCGCUGAAACCACCGCGGUGUCAGCGAAACGGGCUUGGCCGCCCGUCACCUCUGUGGUCUCAAACGUAGACUUUGCUGGCUGUGUCAUGGGUCAGAUCCGGGUGGUGGGGCGCCAUGAAAUACCGUCCACGACACCCCAGAUCUCUGGGUGGCUGCCACCACCGCCCUGCCGAGGCCGCCUGGCUGCCGGCGGCGCCGCACCACCGCCAUUUGCCCCGCAUCCGCUGAAACCACCGCGGUCCACGACACCCCAGAUCUCUGGGUGGCUGCCACCACCGCCCUGCCGAGGCCGCCUGGCUGCCGGCGGCGCCGCACCACCGCCAUUUGCCCCGCAUCCGCUGAAACCACCGCGGUGUCAGCGAAACUCGGCGUACCUAGGAAUGACCUGUGGGAACUUGGAUGUGGAUGCUGCUAUGGCCUCAGUCAGGCGCAUCAGUAGCCCUGUGGCGUCCUCCUCAGAAAGGUCCACGACACCCCAGAUCUCUGGGUGGCUGCCACCACCGCCCUGCCGAGGCCGCCUGGCUGCCGGCGGCGCCGCACCACCGCCAUUUGCCCCGCAUCCGCUGAAACCACCGCGGUGUCAGCGAAACUCGGCGUACCUAGGAAUGACCUGUGGGAACUUGGAUGUGGAUGCUGCUAUGGCCUCAGUCAGGCGCAUCAGUAGCCCUGUGGCGUCCUCCUCAGAAAGGUCCACGACACCCCAGAUCUCUGGGUGGCUGCCACCACCGCCCUGCCGAGGCCGCCUGGCUGCCGGCGGCGCCGCACCACCGCCAUUUGCCCCGCAUCCGCUGAAACCACCGCGGUGUCAGCGAAACUCGGCGUACCUAGGAAUGACCUGUGGGAACUUGGAUGUGGAUGCUGCUAUGGCCUCAGUCAGGCGCAUCAGUAGCCCUGUGGCGUCCUCCUCAGAAAGGUCCACGACACCCCAGAUCUCUGGGUGGCUGCCACCACCGCCCUGCCGAGGCCGCCUGGCUGCCGGCGGCGCCGCACCACCGCCAUUUGCCCCGCAUCCGCUGAAACCACCGCGGUGUCAGCGAAACUCGGCGUACCUAGGAAUGACCUGUGGGAACUUGGAUGUGGAUGCUGCUAUGGCCUCAGUCAGGCGCAUCAGUAGCCCUGUGGCGUCCUCCUCAGAAAGGUCCACGACACCCCAGAUCUCUGGGUGGCUGCCACCACCGCCCUGCCGAGGCCGCCUGGCUGCCGGCGGCGCCGCACCACCGCCAUUUGCCCCGCAUCCGCUGAAACCACCGCGGUGUCAGCGAAACUCGGCGUACCUAGGAAUGACCUGUGGGAACUUGGAUGUGGAUGCUGCUAUGGCCUCAGUCAGGCGCAUCAGUAGCCCUGUGGCGUCCUCCUCAGAAAGGUCCACGACACCCCAGAUCUCUGGGUGGCUGCCACCACCGCCCUGCCGAGGCCGCCUGGCUGCCGGCGGCGCCGCACCACCGCCAUUUGCCCCGCAUCCGCUGAAACAACCGCGGUGUCAGCGAAACUCGGCGUACCUAGGAAUGACCUGUGGGAACUUGGAUGUGGAUGCUGCUAUGGCCUCAGUCAGGCGCAUCAGUAGCCCUGUGGCGUCCUCCUCAGAAAGGUCCACGACACCCCAGAUCUCUGGGUGGCUGCCACCACCGCCCUGCCGAGGCCGCCUGGCUGCCGGCGGCGCCGCACCACCGCCAUUUGCCCCGCAUCCGCUGAAACCACCGCGGUGUCAGCGAAACUCGGCGUACCUAGGAAUGACCUGUGGGAACUUGGAUGUGGAUGCUGCUAUGGCCUCAGUCAGGCGCAUCAGUAGCCCUGUGGCGUCCUCCUCAGAAAGGUCCACGACACCCCAGAUCUCUGGGUGGCUGCCACCACCGCCCUGCCGAGGCCGCCUGGCUGCCGGCGGCGCCGCACCACCGCCAUUUGCCCCGCAUCCGCUGAAACCACCGCGGUGUCAGCGAAACUCGGCGGUCCACGACACCCCAGAUCUCUGGGUGGCUGCCACCACCGCCCUGCCGAGGCCGCCUGGCUGCCGGCGGCGCCGCACCACCGCCAUUUGCCCCGCAUCCGCUGAAACCACCGCGGUGUCAGGGAAACUCGGCGGUCCACGACACCCCAGAUCUCUGGGUGGCUGCCACCACCGCCCUGCCGAGGCCGCCUGGCUGCCGGCGGCGCCGCACCACCGCCAUUUGCCCCGCAUCCGCUGA